CCGCCAGGCCGUUCCCCAUUCCCCACUCCCCACCCCCCACACUCCGCCGCUGAUCCCUCCGCCACUCCCCGCCAUGGCGGUCACGGGGAAGGGCAAGCAGCUCGCCUCCGACGCCCCGGGCGCCUCCGCCUCCGGCACCAAGCGCCGCCUCGGCGGCGGCGGCGGCGGCGCGGGCCCCUCCUCCUCCUCCUACAAAGCCGCCGCCAAGCGCGGCCGCCGCGAGGGCGUCCUCCAGUUCUUCGACGACGUCGCCGGCGUCGACGACGAGUACGAGGAGGAGGACGAGGAGCCCGACUCCGAGGAGGACUUCGACGACGACGACGACGGUUUCGUUCCUGAGCCGCCGAGAAAAAGCGAUAACAACAGAAGGGCUGAAAGGUCACACCCUCUUCCAUUUCUCGGGCAUGUGAAGGAAGAGGAGCUGAGCGGAGACGAACUCGAGGAGUUCGUCAGGCAGCGCUAUUCUAGUCGGGUGAGACAUGCCGGUCAUGGUGGCUCUGCCCAGUAUGACGACGCUGAGGAUGAGGAGUUCACCCAUUUGAACGAGCCUAUUAUCUGGAGAGUCAAAUGCAUGGUUGGGCGUGAGCGGCAAAUGGCUUUCUGCCUCAUGCAGAAGUUUGUUGACCUGAAGAAGUAUGGCACAAAAGUGCCAAUUAUCUCGGCGUUCUCACUUGACCAUGUCAGAGGAUUUGUUUUUGUUGAAGCUGAGAAGGCGUGCGAUGUUACAGAGGCAUGCAAAGGAUUUUGCAAUGUUUAUGUAAGCCGAAGCAGUCCUGUUCCUGCAGCUGAAGUUCCUAGCUUGCUAUCACCUCGUGCAAAACCAGCUGGAGUCUCUCCAGGCACAUGGGUGCGCAUGAAAGCUGGAAAUUAUAAAGGAGAUCUAGCACAGGUUGUCGGUGCGGAUGAUGGGCGGAAAAGGGUGUUGAUAAAGCUUAUACCAAGAGUUGAUCUCCGAGCUAUUGCGAAAAAAUUUGGCGGUGCAAUUUCCCUAAAAGGAGCUCCAGUUCCAGAACCACGACUAAUCAGUUCACAGGAGCUAGAGCUCUUUGCACCUCAUAUUGAGAGGAAGCGUGAUCGUCAGACUGGUGAUGUUUUUGAAGUGCUUGAUAGUUUGAUGUUCAAAGAUGGUUUCCUGUAUAAGAGAGUUGCACUUAGUUCUUUGAUUUACUGGGGGAUACAACCAACGGAUACUGAGCGUGUCAAGUUCUCUUCUAGUCCAAGCACUAAAACUUCUGCUGAUGACAUGGAUUGGGUCUCCAGCGUUUAUGGUCAGAAGAAAAGGAACGUGUCCAGAGAGCCUGAUAUGAAUCCAUCAUCAUCUUCUAAAGACAAGUGCUCCAAGGCAUCAAAUCUUAAAGGUUCCAGUUCUUCAAAUCUUAAAGGUUCCAGUUCUGCGGAGAAUUAUGAUGAUGAUGGUGAUGGCGAUGAUGAUCAAUUCCAUCUCCAUGAUCUUGUACUUUUUGGGCGAAAAGAUUUUGGGGUGAUUAUUGCUGUUGAAAAAGAUGGUUUUAAGAUUUUAAAGGGUGGUCCUGAAGGAACUGCUGUGACAGUUAGAAAGCAGGAUAUUAACAGAGGAUGUGUAGACAAAAUGUUUACAGCUGUUGACCAUCAGAAGAAGACAAUAUCCAUGAAUGACACAGUUAAAGUUCUGGAAGGACCAGUUGAGGGUAAGCAAGGAGUUGUUAAACACUUGUACAUGGGAAUACUCUUUAUAUAUAAUGAAAGUGAAAGUGAGAACGGCGGAUAUUUCUGUGCCCAAUGUGGGUCAUGUGAAAAUAUCAAGAAAAGGAGGGAACUGACAAAUUCGGAGGAUAGUCCAAUUCCCAUGUUCUCGGACUCGGGUUUUAUACCAUCUGAGCAAAAUGAACAACGUAGCAACGAAAGGCCUUAUAGGGCACCCAGAGAACAACUCUUCUCAAUCGGGGAAAUGCUCCGUAUUCGGAAGGGUCCUUUGAAGGGCUAUCUCUGCCGUGUAAUUCGGAUAUUCCGAAAUGAUGUAACUGUUAAGCUAGAUUCUUUGCUGAAGAUAGUUACAGUGCAAGCAGAGUUUCUCUCAGUCCCGACUAAAAGGGGGGAUAACUCAUGUAGUGCUCCAUCUAGUUCUUUUGGAAAUCAUGAUACAUCAUUUUUGGGUUCAGAAACAGCCAAAACCCCAUGGGACAAUGGAUUUACAUCUCUUGGCAGUGAUUCUUGGCAACCUUCAAGUUCUGCAUUUCCAGCCCAGAAUGCAGAUGGAGAAGCAGAAGUUGAUCCUUGGUGUAAGAAACCAACAUCUGCUGAUGGUGAUUCUGAUCCAUGGGGCAAUAGCACUACACAAAAGGAAAGCUCCAGUGACGAUGCAUGGGGUAAACCAGCUGGAGGUAGUAGUGGAUUUGAUGCUGGUGGCAGCUCUUGGGGUGGAGCAGCAGUCAACAAGGAUAGUGAAAAGAGUGACAACUGGGGUGAAGCAUGCAAGGUGGUGGACAGGGCAACUGGUGGUGACACAGAUCCUUGGGGCAGUAAGGUUAAAGUAGUUAAGGAAGCAGAUAGUUGGGGAAACUUGCCAGGGCCACCAGAGAAGGAAGAGGACGGUCAAGGAUGGGGCCAACCUUUUGGCAACUCAAACCAAGAUCAAGAAAAAGGGACAGGAUCGAAAGACACAGACAAGAGUGGGUCUUGGGAUACUGCUGUUGCUAUUCGUGUCGGCUCGGAUGAUGAUGCCUGGGCUAAGUCUGAUGCUUUGCCUGUUGCUCAAGAUGAUGCCUGGGGGAAGAAGUCAAAAGACACCAAUGGUGACCAAGCAGCUGAGUGGAACAAAGCUGGAUCAUCAGACCAACUUGGUGGCAGUGAUUGGAGUACACCAAAAUUUUCUGGGGGUGCUGGUUCAUCAAGCUGGAACAAGGGAGAGGCAGUUGGGGGAGAUAGUCAGAAUAGCACCUGGAGCAGACCUGCUGGAAACUUUGAAGCUGGGCGUGGGUUUGGGCAAGGACGUGGGAGAGGCCGGGGCCGGGAAUCUGGGGAUUCGGGUGGCAGAAAUGACCAAGAAAGCUGGAAGGGAUCAUGGGAUAAUGACAAUUCUGCAAAGCCCUCUUGGAGGUCUGGUACACAGGUAGAUAACGAAGUUGGAGAUUCUGGUGGAUACAGGGGAAGAGGAAGGGGCCAAUAUGGAGGACGAGGGAGAGGAAGAGACAAUGGUGGGAGAAAUGGAAAUGGAGGCGGCUCUGAGUUUGGAAGGGAAAGGAGCAGUGGUGAUACACCAAACUGGGGAAACAGUCAGCCUUGGAGUGGCAGUGAAGGCACCAAGACAUGUGAUGAAAAUCAGACUUCCACCUGGAACUGCUCGGAGGAUAAAAAACUGUCUGGAGGUGAAGAAGAUGAUCCUUGGGGGAGCAAGGUGGUUACAAAAGGUGAACAAGAUGAUCCUUGGGGGAGCAAGGUGGUUACAAAAGGCCAAGAGAAACAAAAUGAUGCUUGGUCAAGUAAGGUGACUUCGACUGCAGGUGCCGAGAACAAUGAUGGCUGGAACACAAAGGCGAAAGAGUUAUCCUGCAGCCUUGGGUCUAAGUCGGAGAAUGCUGCAUCUGGUGAAGAAGGACGAGAUGAUCCUUGGUCAAGCAAGAUUGUUUCUACUCCUAAAGGCAAGGAACAAGAAACUGAUCCCUGGGCAAGCAAAGUAUCUUCUACUGCAGCAGUGGAAAAAGCUGACACCUGGGGCAAUGGAAAUGGAGGGAGUUGGAACACUUCUGGUUCCUCUGUUGGGCAUCAGGAAUCUUCUUGGGGCAAACCAAGCUCCUCAAGUGGAGAUCAAGAGCCAGCUUGGAAGAAGCCAAAUUAUGGUGAUGAUAAGACUGGAUUCGGUAGGGGUGGAUUCGGAGCUGGGAAUCGAGGCAGAGGGAGAGGAAGGUUUGGGGACUCGUCAUGGGAUGGAGGAAGUAAUAUUAAUGAUGGAUCAGGUGGAGAAAGGUCUGAAGGUGGCAGAGGAAGAGGUAGAGGGCGUUUUGGUAGAGGUGAUCGCAAUCAAGGCAACAACUUUGGGUCAGGAGACAGGGAUGGAGGCAGUUGGAGCUCUGGCAGGGGAAACGGAGGCCGAGGUGGUGGUUACAGAAACUCGAAUGACAACAAUGAGGGAAGGUCCUCCAGUCAAGAUGGUGGUGGUGGUUGGUCUCAGUCGACGGACUGGAAUGCCAGCAAAAAGGGAAACACCGAAGGAGAUCAAGCUUUUUCACAAGGCAACUCCAGCUGGGGAAGUGACAAAAAUGAUAGCUGGGGAGCUCCGAAGCCAUCUGGUGGAGGUGAUCAGGCAGGAAAGAAGGAUGGAAACAACACCUGGAAUCAAAACAAGCCACCUUCUGGCGGUGGAUCAUCUAUCCUGGGCCAGCCACCUUCUGGCGGUGGAUCAUCUAUCCUGGGCCAGUGGGGUGGUCCACCUGGCGACACUACUGCUGGCAGAGGUGGAGGAUCUGUUGGGGGAGGAUCGUGGGGAAACAACGAAGAAAAGUCCAGCUGGGGGAGUGACAAAAAUGGUAGCUGGGGAGCGCCAAAACCAUCCGGUAGAGAUGAGGCAGGCAAGAAGGAUGGAAACAACACCUGGAGUCAAAGCAAGCCAUCUUCUGGCAGUGGAUCCUCCAUCCUAGGUCAGUGGGGUGCUCCUCCUGGUGACACUACAGCAGGCGGAGGAGGAUCAUGGGGAAAGAGCAGUGAUGAUGGCUGGAAUUCGUCAAAAGGAACUGGAGGUUCAGAAGGUGGUUCUAGGAAGGAAGGAUCUUCGGACAAGGCCGAAGGGAGCGGGAGCCAAGGAGGCGGUGGUGGCAGUUCCUGGGACAAGGCAGGUGGUGGUGGAUGGGACAGCAGCAACAAGGGUGGGGAUUCUGGCAGUGGUGGUGGUGGGUGGUAAGCUUGCUCCAGAAUCAGCUGCGCCUGAUCUUUGGGCUUGUACAUAAAGGGUUUGCACUAUGUAGUAUGUACAUCUCUGUGCUGUAGCACGGUACCUGUGGUUGGUUCCUUUGCCAUGGCUACUUGAAUCUUAUAAACAUGGCCUAGCUGGGGCAGGACGUUCCCUCUUAGUGGCAGUUAGUAGUGCCAGCUAAACGUUGCCUAGUAACUGAAGUACCUUUUCUAUUAUCUUGUCUGAGAUUUCCACGUGGUUAAUAUUGCAAUGCUAUGUCAUGGCGAUGCCCUUGGUUGGAUGCA